AAAUUACUGAAAAAUAUGAUUUGUGUAAUUCACUCAGGUUUGCCUAAUCACUGCAGUGAAAGUGUUGGGCUAGCGUGAUCUAUUAUAUUCUACACAGAAAUGGAAGUACUGACAUCUAGCUUAGAAGGAGUCAGGAAGAACUACUAUUCAAGGCUUACAAGAGAAGAAUAAGCUUGAUAACUAUGUGAGCAAUAGCAUGUUGCAAAGAACUUUGGAGAAAGCAGUCCUUCCAAAGCAACAUGGUGGAACUUUGAGUGCAAAAGAAGAGGCAUGAGUUCAAGGACUUGAUUUAAGAGACCUGACAUCCCAAACUAGAUACAUAAAAUCUAAGAUGAAGACUUGCAGAAAUUUUUCCAGAGACUUUUUCACAAUCAUAAUUCAACAAUCAACUGUUUACAUCUGAUUAUCCUAGUAAAAUGUAAAGUCUAAGAAAAUAGGGACUUUGCCUGCCUUCUCCAUUUUCAUCACUGUGUCAGCUGAACAUAGCAAGUCUUUCAUUUGGUAGGUUAUUAGUUAAUUAAUAAUUAGCUUGACAAAAGAAAGGAGGUAGAAGUUUUGGGUUCAUAUGGUAGGAGUUAAUACCGCAACCUACUAAUCAGUCUUCAAGAGCUGGUUGUAAUAUUACCUUUAUAUUUUGACUAGAGUGUAAAUAUUGUAGAUUUCUCAUUCCAGAAUCCUUUGAUUCUAUUGUUUCCAGAUAUUCCAGUGUCCAGAUGUUCCAGCUACCCAUCUCCCAGAAAUCCAGCUCUGGCUCACUAUGGAGGCCACAACCUGUAACGGUUCAGUGGGUGGCUCACCAGUCUUCUACCUGGUGGGCAUCCCCUCUCUGCCGGAGUCCCUCUUCCUCCCUGUGUUUUUAAUUUUUCUCCUUUUCUACCUUCUCAUCCUCACGGGUAAUGCCCUGAUCCUGGUGGCUGUGGUGGCAGAGCCCAGCCUCCACAAGCCCAUGUACUUCUUCCUGAUCAACCUCUCAGCCCUGGACAUCCUCUUCACCACAACCACUGUCCCCAAGAUGCUGUCCCUAUUCCUGUUUGGGGACCAUUUUCUCAGCUUUACUUCCUGCUUAUUGCAGAUGUACCUCUUCCAAAGCUUUACAUGCUCUGAAGCCUUCAUCCUGGUGGUCAUGGCCUAUGACCGCUAUGUGGCUAUCUGCCGCCCGCUGCACUACACUGCGCUCAUGACCCCGCAGACCAAUGCUGCCCUGGCAGCCAGUGCCUGGCUCAUCGCCCUCCUUCUGCCCGUCCCAGCAGUGGUGCAGACCUCCCACAUGGCAUAUGACAACAUUGCUAGAAUCUACCACUGCUUCUGUGAUCAUCUGGCUCUAGUUCAAGCCUCCUGCUCUGACACCACCCCCCAGACCCUCAUGGGCUUCUGCAUCGCCAUGGUGGUGUCCUUCCUGCCCCUUCUCCUGGUGCUUCUCUCCUAUGCCCACAUCCUGGCCUCAGUGCUUCGCAUCGGCUCCCGAGAAGGACGCUCCAAAGCCUUCUCCACCUGCAGCUCCCACCUCCUGGUGGUUGGCACCUACUACUCAUCCAUUGCCAUAGCCUAUGUGGCCUACAGGGCUGACCUGCCCCUCGACUUCCACAUUAUGGGCAAUGUAGCAUACGCUAUUCUGACACCAAUCCUCAAUCCCCUCAUUUACACUCUAAGAAACAAGGAUGUCAAGGCAGCCAUUACCAAAAUCACACAUCUUAGGACUCAGGCUGGAAUACGAGCCCUUGACCUUUAGAUGCAGCUAGUUCUGCUCUCUGGGGAAGGAAACGGCACCCACUCCAGUGCUUUUGCCUGGAGAAUCCCACGGACGGAGGACCCUGGUAGGCUACAGUCCAUGGGGUCGCAAAGAGUCGGACACAACUGAGCGACUCUUUCAAUUCUGCUCUCAGGAUACCAAAUAAUAGUGCCUAGCACAGACUGUUGUUGUUGUUGUUUAAUUGCUAAGUCGUGUCCGACUCUGCAACACUAUGGACUGUAGCCUGC